AUGAUUGCUGCGGAAUCGCGUUUAGUGAAUUUUAGGAGAGUUGUGCCCAACCAUGCUGCGCAUGAAUUAAUAUGUUCCGUCGCCAACGGACCCAACACCACCCUAGUCUCGCCAGACUGAAGGCAACGUCUGUGUUCCCAGAGGAUAGACCGAGAAGGAACCAGGGAGACCAAAGCAGAAAUGCCAUUGGCACGUAACCUCACCUCCAGGACUUACUCAGAAACUACAGCAAACCAGGCAUACGAUGCUCUUGCCCAACAGGUUGCUCUCAUGUCGAUUGCGGAGGCAUUAGCUUUACCGCAACCGCCUUCUGAGCGCUACAAGCCAUUCCUAAAGCCAAAUGCAUUCGUAUCACCAGCCGCACUUCAGCAGGCGCCCACCAGCACUGCAAACUUAGAAACUACCGUCGCAGGUGCUGGUCUCCCGUCGAUGCGAUUGCUACACACUACCCGUGAAGUGCUGGGUGCCGCGCUAAAUUUUUCGACGCUUUCCAUAGAAGCCGGUCUUUUUCAGAUAAGGUUUGCACCAAAUCCGGACAGAGCUACCACCGCACGAGACGCAGGUGCAACAGUCCUUCGGGACUGCCAAACAUGGCGCACAUUCGUGACGCCCGAGUUCGCCGUCGUCGCAUGGCCGCUCGAAGCAUAUGACACUUCCUGGGUCCCACCGCAUACGUCCGCUGUGAAAAACUUAAAACGCGGCUGGUCGACUAUACGGUUUGCCCAAGUCCCCGACUUUACCAGACCUGAUGACCUUAAAGAAACUGCAUCAAACUAUGCCUGA